AUGCACCCAAACUUUGCCGUUGCAGUGGCUGCGGCCCUGCCAAUGGUCACGGCCGGCGUCAUCCACCUUCCCAGGGAUGAGCCCGUGCCCCAGGCUGCCGAUGCGGUGGUCUGCCCUAAAGUGGACGAGGAAAAUCGCCCAAGCCCUCACGUCCUGCACAACCUGAAGGAGCCAGAUCUGAGCGAAUGGGAGGGUCAUGAGGACAAGAUGCCCUUCUUCAAGAAAUACGACCCCAAGCUUCUGCUUAAGUUUGUGGACGACUUCUGCGAGGGUAAGGUCAAGCGUGAUAUGGCCCCUUGUUGCCAGUGUGACGACGACGAGGACGACUGCAAGGCUGUCUGUGUCGACGAGGAGGAAUGCAAGGCCAUCUGUGAGAUGGCCGACGAUUCCGCGAAGGCCGAUGCCCCCAAGGAUGGCGAGAAGGUCGAUGCCACCAAGGAGGGCGAGCAGGCCGAUGCCACCAAGGAGACAGGCAUUGCCUCGGAGACUGAUACUGAGAAUAAGACCUGUGAUACCUCCAAAACCCCCAAUUAUCAGUCCGCGAUGAAAGGUGUCGAUUUCACCGCCAAAGACAUCAUCGAAUCCAUCGAUGCCAAGUGGGCGAAACUGCAGAAGCCCAAAAACGACAAGCGCGGCGUCCCCGUCACGGCCGACGAUGUGCUGCGCUGGUCCCAAGGUGAGGGCGAGGACUACGAAGACAAGCGCCCCGAGCUAUUCAAGAACAUUGCGGCCGAGACCCAGGCCAAGCGUGACGAGGCACCCAAGAAGAAGGGCGGCGUCCCCGUCGCGGCCGAGGAUGUGCUGCGCUGGACCCAGGGUAAGGACAAGGACUACCAAGCCAAGCGCCCCGAGCUAUUCAAGAACAUUGCGGCCGAGACCCAGGCCAAGCGCGACGAAACUUCGGGCAAGAAGGGCGGCGUUCACAUCACCGUGGACGAGGUGAUGCACUGGGCCAAAGGCAACGACAAGGCAUACAAGGCCAAGCGCCCGGAGAUCUUCGAAAACAUCACCGACGCGCUUCCAAACGACAAGCGAAGCGCCGAGGCGGACGGCCACCAAGAGGACAGCUCUGACGAGGCCAAACUGAAGCAGUCAUUCCAGUCUGUUCUUGGCCGUUCCAAGGCGGCGCUGGAAUCUGUUGAAAAGGUUCAACCUGACGAGGACGACAAGGUCAAGACCGUUCUUGCCAGUCUCAUCGCGACGCUGGCUCCUCUGAGCCCCGGCAUGGACAACCCCGAUGCGUUGAUCGCGGGCAUCGUCGAGGCCAACAGCGAGUCGCACGAGGAGCGUGGCUACACUGGUGAGGUCUCCGAUGUCAAGCUCGACAUUCCCAGCUUGAUCAAGAUGUUUGAGGAGCUAUGGCAGGCGGUCCACGCGGCCAAGGAGGAGCUUCAGCGUCUCCACGAAGCCGGCUCCCAGGAGUCGGACGCCACCACGUCCGCCUCUGAGCUGGAAAGCGUCAUUGCGCAAUGCGAGCCCAUUGUCAACAACAUCAACGACGUCGCCGACAUCUUUGACGCCAUUGUCGACCAGCUUGUCGAGAAGGACGAGAAGAAGCCCGUGACGCACGUCGAGCCCGACUCCGUUGCCGCCACCGCUGAUGAUCUGGUCCGCAGGGAUGACUGGAGCAAUAACCCCAUGUUCUCGGUCAAGUCGUCGCCUAACCGGGAAAACCCACACCGCGUUGCCCAGGGCAAUGCUGAGAAGAUGCUCAAGGAUCCCCACCUCCACCAGUAG